GGUGUUCAUCUGCCGUCGGGUUUUGUCAAUCUUGCAUGGCGUGGCUCUUCGGUUAAAGGAGAAGCGAGAGAUCGCAUCUGUUUAGCACAUUUGACCACGCGGGCCUGGCACGAUAACGUGUGGAACACGGCACUGGAUUAUCUUCGACAUGCCGGUUCACUGCAGCUGCUGUGACAAGAAUGCAGCAGUUCUCAGGCGUCCCAAAACAGGGCACACCCUCUGCAAAGAGUGCUUUUUCUGGGCUUUCGAAGAGGAGACGCAUCAGAUGAUCGUAUCUGCCAAGCUUUUCCAGAAGGGAGAGACCAUUGGAAUUGGGGCUUCUGGUGGGAAAGACUCAACUGUUCUAGCUCAUGUUUUGAAAGUCUUAAAUGAUCGAUAUAAUUAUGGCUUGAAUCUGAUGCUGCUUUCUGUGGACGAAGGCAUCAGUGGUUAUCGUGAUGAUUCCUUGGAGACAGUAAAGAGAAACCAGCAACAGUAUGAUCUGCCACUGAAGAUUAUUUCCUAUGAAGAGUUAUACGGCUGGACAAUGGACCAGAUUGUGAGGAAAGUUGGUUUGAAGAACAAUUGCACAUUUUGUGGUGUCUUCAGACGGCAAGCUCUUGAUCGUGGGGCCAUGAUGCUGAAAGUAGACAAGGUCUGCACAGGUCACAAUGCAGAUGAUAUUGCUGAGACAGUCUUGAUGAAUUUCCUGCGUGGAGACAUUGCUCGACUGCGCCGCUGUACAGCAAUUACCACGGAUAGUGAAGGGGCAAUUCCUCGUUGCAAACCUCUCAAGUAUGCUUAUGAGAAAGAAAUAGUGCUGUAUGCUUACUUCAAAAAGCUGGACUACUUCUCCACUGAAUGUGUGUAUUCCCCUAAUGCAUACAGGGGCUAUGCGCGUGCUUUCCUGAAAGACUUGGAGUCAAUACGACCAAGUGCUAUUAUGGAUGUGAUUCACUCUGGUGAAAACCUCUCUGUGAAGGAGGAUGUGAAGAUGCCCACACAAGGCACGUGCACACGGUGUGGUUACAUUUCUAGCCAAGGACUCUGCAAGGCUUGCGUUUUGUUGGAGGGACUGAACCGUGGACUUCCUAAACUCGGUAUCGGCAAGAAUGCAAAAUUCCAUAAUCGAUUGCUAAAUAAGGAACCACUCACUGAGGCAGAGAUGAAGAAAUUAAGAGCAGUUGAUUUCUGAAUGUGUAUCUGACUGAAGCUGCUUUAACAUAUCAACUGGCCAAUUUAAGACUAAGGUGCUUUGAUUAAACUGUAUCGUAUUGCUCAAACAAUCCUUUUAUCAUGUUGACUUCUGCCAACGAAGCAAUACCAUGAAGUAAAAUUCCAAAUGUUUAAGUAAAAUGGAAAGGAUAUCCUCUUGUCAUUGCAACAUUUGGAUUCAUAUUUAACAGAUGGAAUCUGGAGGUGAGGGUCCAGCACCAUUCUGGUUGUUUCUUUUCUAUAGAAUUAUAAUACUGAUUUUUUUGGGAAAGCACUAAGAUUUUUGAGUAUAUUAGAUGAAGGUCAUGUACAAUAGUUAAAGAUGGGUAAUUUAUAAUUUGCACCAUGUUAUUUAAAAGAGUUUAUCAUGUCUUUAUAUUCACAAGCUUUAAUGUAAUUAUAGGAAGCAAAAACAAACACAGCAAAUGUGAUGAAAUUUCUUCUUCGAGAGGAAGAGUGCAUUAUAACCUUGAUAUUUCUGUAUUCUUCCCAUUUUGUGAAAGAACACAACUAAUUUGGCUCAAUUAGGCAGAGUUCGUCAGAUUUUCUCAUAAUUGGAAAUAUAAACUUUGUAGUUGGACGGGGAAAGAAUGCCCAGAGAAAAAGAGCAACAAAUUGCUGUUAUCUGGAGUGCUUCAUGCUAGAAUCUGUUUAGAGGGAUAUGGGCCAAACGCAGGCAGAUGGGACUAGUGUAGGUGGGACAUGUUGGCCGAUGUGGGCAAGUUGGGCCAAAGGGCCUGUUUCCAUGCUGUAUGAUUCAGUGAUAUCCUUCCUAUGGUAUGUUUUUAAUUGAUUUGGAUACGGCUGCUGUGUGUGGGAGACACAUAAAUCUGAGUUCUAGUCAGCCCAGACUAUUUACUGAAAAUUUAAAAAAACCCAGCAGUUGCUGAAAAUCUGAAAUAGUAAAAUGUUGAAAAAAAUGAUGCAGGUCAGGCAACUUGUGGGAAAACAGAAACAGAUUUAACCAAGACUAUCUCCAGCGCAACAGUGUCCUUGUCCAAUCAGCUAUUAAUCCCUUUCCUACGCUCUGCAAAUUUAAACUGAAUUAUUUUUGCACUUUUCCAGUUCUGAUAAAAAGAUCUUUGACUUCAAAUAUUAUUUUAUUCAUUUCUAACAAUGCUGCCUAACAUGAUAACUGUUUCUGCUGUUUUUAUUUUAGGCUACACAGCUUAGCACAUUGGUGGCUGUUCUACCUACUUGGUACCUAAAAGUACUCAUAACUUUCAAUAACAUGUAUUCAUUCUGGCUCUUUCUGUUUUUAAACACUGGGAAUUGUACUUGGCAGAAAUGAGUAUGGAGGAGUUUCUUCAGUUAAUUCUCCAGUCCAUCCAUACUUGAACAUACCCACAAACGUAAGGUCAGAACCAUGUUCUUGACCAGAUAAGUAAGUCCAAUGAUUUUAAAAUAGUAUCUGUUUUAGUAAAAAUAAUUUAUUUACAAUAUUUUAGCCUCUCAGUCUAAAAGAUAUUUGAGGGUUUUGUGAUGAUUGAGGUAAAUGGUUUACAAUGAUGUCUGCGCUGUACUGCUUUGGCAAUGCAGCCUGGUGUGGUUAUACAUUAAACAUGUUUAACUUGGUACAGAGUCAAUCUAUUUAGUUUUAUAUUUAUACACAUUAACAUCUGGACUUAUUUUAAUAAAAAGUAAUUUAAUAAA